UUUGAUUUUUUCAAUUUCGCUCAUGACAGUUAAAUGGAGUUGAAAGUAAAAUACGCAACUUUUCGAAUAAAAUUUUUUGAAUUAUGCAUGAAUGCUUUCUUGUAUAAUCAUUCAAUGUAGCUGUUGACUUCUUUUUUUUCAGUAGUAAAGUCAUUUUCGUCUGUAAUCUUUCAAAUAGCACAUGGCUGAUCUCAUUCAAAAUGUUCAAGAAGUUUAUAAAAAGUGGGAAUCUAGAAGUCCCUCUUUUGGAUCUAGAGGAAGACGCAGAGAUUUGCAGCAUGGUUCUGGAAACUCAUACAGAGGCUAUGGUCGCAGUGGGCAUCAGUUUGAUAAUAAAAUAACUUAUGAUAGACCUGGAGAAAGAAGAUUCCAACAGCGCACAAGAACUUCUUAUGUUAAAAUUCCAAAGUAUGAUGGGCUUGCUCAGUUCAAAAUGGCUCCAUGUGUGACUGCUCCUAAUAAACAAAGACCUUUUGUAGGAGCUUGCUGCCCAAAAUGUUUUCCAAUGAGCAGAGCAAGUGUAGCUGAUAAAAGUGUGUUUUGCCUCAGUGUUUGCAAUGUCCUUCACAUUCCACUGCUUCAAAGUUUGAAUUUUAAUUUGGUGCUCAAUAUUUUAAAGAAGAAUCAACAUCAUUUGUAUCCUGAUGUUUCUAUUGAUGUGUUACAAGAUGAAAAGAUAUGUGAUGUUGUGGAAAAUGCUGUUAAAGAUUUCCAUAGAGAAAGUGAUACUAUUGAAAGUGAGUCCAGUGCUGUUUUAAAAUCAGUGCAGUUUAGUAGAGCAAAAGAUAUUUAUGAAUCUCUAAAAACUUCCAUUUCUACCACUUGUUUACAGGCAUCAAGUUUCAUUUUACAGUCUGUUUUUAGCAGAAUAUUUGAUAGCAUUUUAGUACAUAAAGGGCAUAUUGAAAUCUUAAAGGCAACUAACCAGGGAAACAUUCCUCUUCUGUAUUUACCAGUCCAUCAUAACAAUUUGGAUUAUGUUUUGAUCUCUUUUAUUCUUUACAUGAGUUCCCUGAAAGUGCCACUUGUUGCUUUGGAUAAUAAUCUCUACAUUCCAGUUUUAGGAUGGUUUACGAGACUUCUUGGUGCAUUUUACAUUAGGAGGUAUCUUGAACAUGAUAGAAGGGAGAAAGAUUUUGUCCAGUCUGCUGUGAUACAUAGUUAUUUAACAGAGUGCUUGAAAGCUGGUCACAAUUUAGAAUUUUUUAUUGAAAAUGAAUCAUCAAAAUCUGGUCAACUCCAUAUACCUAGAAGUGAACUGCUUUCAUUUGUUGUUGAAUCUGUUGCUGAAGGAAAAGUAGAUGAUGUUUACAUUUCAACUGUUUCUGUUAGCUAUGAAAAAAUCACGGAAGCUAAUUUUAUGUUCCAACAGUUGGGUGAAACUAAAAGAGAAGAAACAUUCUUUGCAAAGUUGUACAGAUACUGGAAAAUGCUGCAUUUUAAUUUGGGAAAUGUUAGAAUAAAUUUUGGUCAACCAUUUUCUUUGCAGGAAUUUCUAGAGAAUAGUAAAUUAAAGAUUUAUGAAAAAUUAAAUCUGGAUACACCACCUUCUUCACCAUCAUCACAUCCUUUGCAGGAUCCCCAUCUUUGUUCAGUUGUAAAUAAACUAGUCCAGCAUGUCAUUUAUGAUACAACUUAUUCAACAUCCCUCAUGGCUACACAUCUUGUUGCAUUUUUAUUUAUUACACAGUAUAGAAAGGGUGCUACUCAACAACAACUUCAAAAUAGUUUAGACUGGCUUCGCGGAGAACUAGCAAACAAGAAACGUGACGCUGGUUUUACUGGCGAGUCAUUACCUGUGAUUAAACGAGCUGUUGAACUUUUAGGCAAGGAUCUGAUCUCUUUGGAAACAAUUGAGGUGGAAUGGACAUCUAGUGAUCUUGAAAAUAAUAAUAUAAAAGUGAUUAUGUACAAGCCUGUAACUCAGCUGCCACAUGUUUUAGAACUCCAGUAUUAUGCAAAUUAUGUUGUACCUGUAUUUCUGCUUGAUAGUAUGAUUGUUAAUGCACUUUAUGCUUUAGUCGAUGUGGAGAUUUGUCAUUUUCGCCACUGUGAUAGCAAAUUAUAUGUUGUGAGGGAAAAAGUCAUUGAUAAAGCUGUUGAACUAAGUGAUAUUCUACAAUUUGAAUUUACAACUGUACCACCUUGCACUGAUGUUGUCUUUUCAUUCAAUGAUAUAUUAGAUGAGUUUAUCGAAAAAGAAUGUCUUCAUGCUGUUGGAAUUGGUGGCACUGCUGGCAUAGUCCGAUACUCAAAUACAUCUCAUUUGUUAUCAUUCGAAGCUAGUGAGGAUGAAGAGGGUGAUUGUUCCAUUCUGAAACAGCAGCAGUUAAAAAUUGACCUUAAGGAAGACAGUAUAAAUCAUUUUGAAUUCUUGCGUUCUAUUCUGAGUCCUUAUAUUGAAUCAUAUUGGUUAGCUGCCAUCACUCUUUUAAAAUUAAUUGAUGAAAUCAAAGAAGAAAAGGUAUUAAUUCAUGAAAUGCAGAUCACAGCCCAGGAAAAGUUGUGUAAAGGAUUAUUAGCAUAUGAGGAAAGUUUUUCUGCUGUGACAUUCAAGAAUGCUCUGAGACUUUUCGAACAUUGGCAGAUAGUAGAGCACUAUCUCCAAGAUGAAAUCAAAAUCCUCUACUUAAAUGAAAAUUACAACUGCAAAGAGAGGAUAAAUGAUGUCAUAGCUAGAAUUGAAGAAUUUAGGAAAUAAUUUUUGCAUCAUGUCUUUGUGUGUGUGUGUGUGUGUGUGUGUGUACCGAAUGAGCUUAGUUUUUAAAACAAUUUUUCAUGUAAAUAAAAGCCAUUGUAUGUACUAAUUCUGGUUUUAUAUUAAACAUGAGAAAACUACCA